UUGUGUCCACAGCCUCUUCAUUGCUCGUUUGUGAGAUCCCUGGCCCCCAGAUUCCAUUGCGCACUGGCUGAUUUAUUUACGCCAGUCCGCUUCCAUUUCUUUCUGCACAACAUACGUUUCUAAUUUCGGAAUAGGGGUUUGGGAGUUUCCUCACGGCGCGAAUUAGAUCUGGACAUCAAUAUUUUAUUAUGAGGGUUUGGCUGGGUUCCAGCCUUGCUCUGGUGCGUCCUUUGGGGAUGGAAUAGGUGGCAACGUGCACUCAAGUAUCCAUUGGAGCGGGUGCGUGUGAGUAAAGAAGAAGAAAGCCAAGGAGCGGGCGACGGAUUCGAAAGAGAUUGUGAAAGCAGGUUACGGAUCCAGCCAUGAGGAUGGAGAGGUUGCUGGCCGGAGACAUGGCCAUGGCCUCCGGAGAUGUGGCAGCGAACCUAGUUAAUGCUCAGUACGAUGGAUUCACAAACUUCCCUAUUGUGGCUGCGUUCCUUUCAUUUUUCGUGGCGCAAUCGCUUAAAGUGUUGACUACCUGGUACAAGGAGAACAGGUGGGAUGUGAAACGCUUGUAUGGUUCAGGCGGUAUGCCUUCUUCUCACUCUGCAACGGUGACAGGGCUCGCGUGUGCUAUCGGCCUUCGUGAAGGUCUUGGUGGACCUCUCUUUGCAAUCGCCUUUGUGCUGGCCUGCAUUGUUAUGUAUGAUGCGUCAGGUGUUAGACUUCAAGCUGGUCGUCAGGCCGAGGUGUUGAAUCAAAUAGUGUUCGAGCUUCCGCCAGAGCAUCCUCUAUCGGAUUCUAGGCCGUUAAAAGAAUUUCUUGGACAUACUCCUCCGCAGGUAGCUGCAGGUGCCAUGCUGGGGUGCUUGAUAGCCUACACACUACACCUGCUUUCACUAAUUCAAGCGGGUGGUGAUAAAUAAAAAUCUAGGUUACUAGCGCACCUAAUCUAAAAUAAGUUGACCUUGUUGGAUCAACACAUUUGCGUGAUAUGAAGGACAAAAUGUGCUUUUCAACCUGGAGUUCUUAUAAUGCACACGAGAUUGCAGUUAAAUUGUCCGUACCUUUUGGUGAAGAAAAAGGUUUUCAUUAUAGGAGAUUCACAUGUCUACAUCUCCUCAUUUGUGGUACCUGAAUUGUUGCCGGUGCCCAUCGCCUCAAUCGCUGCAAGAUUCUCGACGUUGAUUUA